CUGCAGAAUAAUAAUAUUUAAGAAUAAUAAUAUUAAUAAAAAAUAAAUAAAUAAAAAACCGGGAGACACGCGGGAGCGCUUCAUUCACAGAAAAGCCACAGAGAAGAUUGUUUUUUUUCUUUUAUGGAAAAUGGCGAAAGGAAAAAGAUCUCGCAGCCUCUUCAGCCUCAUWUCGCUCCAAACCCUCCUGAUUUUCAGCGCGUCGUGGCCUGGAGCGGAGGGUCUCACGUUCCCCCAGCAAUACACGAUAAUGCACUGGGCCCGGCGGAUCGAGCAGGAGAUUGACAGAGUCUUUCAGCACAUCACUGGAGCUCAGCAGCUGAAAGGGAUUUACAACGAGGAGAGGCGACGGUUUAGUCUGGUGAAGAAUCAGCCUCGCAGGAUCGUGGAGAAGGUGGCCUUAGACAUCGAAAAACUGCUGGCAAAGAAACGCAAAGCUCUCGAUAGGUUAGCCAGUGAAGCAGAAAGGCUCCAGCGAGAGCAUCUAUGGCAGGAUGCUAUCAAGGAGCUGGACAUGGCUUACUAUGACUCUAAAGCAGAGCUGGAUUAUAACUCCAUUGAUGGAGAAGUGGAGAUGGAUAAUCCCUCGCAGCUCAAGCUGGAGUUUGUGUACGACCCGAACUUCAAAAACAGCGUCAACUUUUCCCACACAGCUGUUCAGAUCCCAACAGAUAUCUAUAAAGGAGCCACAGUCAUUCUGAAUGAGCUAAACUGGACACAGGCCUUGGAGAGAGUGUUCAUGGAGAACAGUCGGGAGGAUCCGUCCCUGCUGUGGCAGGCGUUUGGGAGCGCGACAGGAGUCACUCGCUACUACCCAGCCACACCUUGGAAAGCCCCUGAUAAAAUUGACCUGUACGACGUCAGGAGGAGGCCCUGGUACAUCCAGGGGGCAUCAUCCCCCAAAGACAUGGUCAUCCUGGUUGAUGUGAGCGGCAGCGUCAGUGGACUCACCCUCAAACUGAUCAAAGCGUCUGUGAUGGAAAUGCUGGACACUCUGUCUGAUGAUGACUACAUAAACGUGGCCAGGUUCAACGAGAAAGCCGAAGCCGUGGUCCCUUGCUUCAAACAUCUCGUCCAAGCUAACGUGCGAAACAAAAAGAUUUUUAAGGAGGCCGUGCAGCAGAUGCAGGCUAAAGGAACCACAGACUACAAGUCUGGCUUUCAUUUUGCUUUUAACCAGCUGCUAAAUAAGACAAAUGUCCCGCGGGCUAACUGCAAUAAAAUAAUCAUGCUGUUUACUGAYGGAGGAGAGGACCGAGCUCAGGAUGUCUUCAUGCAGUACAACUGGCCCAAUAAAACAGUCAGAGUAUUUACCUUUUCUGUGGGUCAACAUAACUAUGAUGUAACACCUUUACAGUGGAUUGCCUGCACAAAUAAAGGUUACUAUUUUGAGAUCCGUUCCAUCUGUGCUAUAAGGAUUAACACCCAGGAGUACCUGGACGUGCUGGGUCGCCCCAUGGUUCUGGCAGGCACUGAGGCCAAGCAGGUUCAGUGGACUAAUGUGUAUCAGGAUGCUUUGGGUCUCGGCCUGGUCGUGACUGGAACUUUACCUGUUUUUAACCUCACCAUGAAUGGAAACUCACAAAAUCAGCUGAUUUUAGGCGUCAUGGGAGUGGACGUGCAUCUCGACGAGAUCAAACGACUCACGCCACGUUAUAAUCUCGGAGCCAAUGGAUACAUAUUUGCAAUCGAUCCAAAUGGAUAUCUGCUCCUUCAUCCGAACCUUCAGCCAAAGCUCGUCAACCUUCCUGAACCAGUGACGCUGGACUUCCUGGAUGCGGAGGUGGAGGACAGCAACAAAGAGGAGAUUCGACGACAAAUGAUUGACGGAAGACCAGGUGAAAUCCAGAUCAAAACUUUUAUCAAGUCURUUGAUGAGCAAUACAUUGAUGAUGUAUACAGAGGCUACACCUGGACUCCUAUUAAUGGGACGGAUUACAGCCUCGGUCUGGUGUUGCCCCCCUACAACGAGUACUACAUCCAGGCAGACCUGAGUGACGUGAUGCUGCAGCUGCAGUAUAUGCAGUCGUUGCUGCCCAGCUCCUUUGAAUCAUCGGGGCAUGUGUUUCUAGCUCCAAGGGAGUACUGCAAGAAUCUGCAGCUUUCGGACAACAACACACAGUUUUUGCAGAACUUUCUCUCGCUCAUGCUGCACAUUUCUCCAGAGUCUGAUGAAUGCGAACAAGGCCUCAUCCACAACCUGAUCCUGGAUUCCCGGAUUAUCGGGCAGCUGGCCUCUCGUGUAUGGAAGAAUAAGGACCUGAAUGCGUAUGGCUUCCUAGCUGUAUUUGCAUCCACGGAUGGCGGAAUCACACGAGUUUUUCCUAAUCUAGCUGCUGAGCUGUGGGAUGAGGAUCCUGAACCUUUUAAUUCAAACUUCUACAGGCGGAGCCUCGACAAUAAAGGCUACAUGUUCAGACCACCUGUGAGAUCCUCUUUUGAUGACCUCGACGCAGCAGAAAAUGACACUGUUGGAAUCCUUGUUAGUUCAGCUGUUGAGGUUAAUUUAGGAGGGAAAYUGCUCAAACCUGCAGUGGUUGGAGUGAAGCUGGACAUGGAGGCAUGGGUGGACAAGUUCAAAAUCCUGGCCAGCAACGUGUCAGACAGUCGACAGGGUUCACACAGGUGUGGACCAUCCAGGAGCUGUGAGAUGGACUGUGAAGUGAACACAGACGACCUCCUCUGUUAUCUUAUCGAUGACGGUGGGUUCCUGGUUAUGUCCAACCAGAGAGAUCACUGGAAAAAGAUUGGUCUCUUCUUUGGCGACGUGGACCCUUUCCUGAUGCACGCUCUUUACAACAACUCCAUCUUCACCCGCCGCCAGUCCUUUCACUACAAAUCUGAAUGUGAAGCAGUCAGCAGCAGCCAAACUGGGGCGGCGCCGAGAGGCAUCUAUGUGCCCUCCGUCGCUGAUGUUCUGAGCCUGGCCUGGUGGACGUCCACGGUGGCAUGGUCUGUGGUCCAGCAGCUUCUGUAUAGACUGAUCUAUAACAGCUGGCUCUACCAAGACGACGUCCUUGUUGAUGGCUUUGAGACAAAAGUAAGCAGCUGCGUGACCAUCCACAGCCAGUUUUAUUUCACCAACACCACCAACUCCUACAACAUGCUGCAGGACUGUGGGAACUGCUCACGGCUGUUCCACGCAAAGAGGAUAGAAAACACCAAUCUGCUUUUUGUGGUGGCCGAGACGCUGCCCUGCAGCUCCUGUGAGAUUGAAAGUCUGACCCAGGUCAAAAAGGAGUUUCAGGAGGAAAAUCCAUGUGAAGUUCUGAGUAACGCACGAUAUCGUAAAGGCCCGACUUCCUGCUUUGAUUACAGUGCCUUAGAAAACACGUCAGAGUGUGGCGGGGGUCAUUCUCUGCAGUCCUCUGUAGGAGUCCUACUCUCCAUUCAGCUCAUUCUGCACCUCUUUCAUCUCCCACCCGAACAAACUCUCUGACAUUUUCCAUCUCAUCGGAUUUAGGCUCGGAUCUACUGAAGGUCAGAUCAAACGGCGACUGAGACGUUUUUUUUUCCYUUUUUUUUUUCUCCUACCUGCUAACAACUCACCGUGCAGCACACUUUGAAAGAAAACUCUGGGUCAGCAUCAAGUGCGUUUGUUUUGUUCUGUUUGCCUCAUUGCUUAUACUUUUAUCAGUUUCCCAGGGCUGGAGUACAAAAGGAAAGAGAGUGUGUCUGCAUGCAGCUGGACAAGUUUAUUUGAUUCUCACGUGGGCACAGUUACAUUUUUCAUUCAAAAAUAAGAGGCAGCAGCCAAAAUGUAUUUUAAAGAGGUCAAUGAAUAAUYAAUCAGCAAAAACAGACACAAACAGGUGAAAUUACUUUGUGUUUAUUUAUGAGAAGUCCCACUGCUGGAGGAUGCUACAUCACAAAGCUGCAUUUUUAGUCUUUAUUAAAAACACAAUUAAAGGUGAAGGUCAUUUCGUAUAAUUUUCUAUGUAUUUGUGUCUUUUGUUUGUUUUAUAUGUAGGCUUCGGCAUUUUCACCAGCAAAUAUUUAAAUAAAUAUAAAAAGGUUUAGAGCUACUCCCCCCAUGAUGCUGUUUUUUUUUUUUUUUUUUUUGCUGUUUUUGUUUGUUUAAAAUGAGUCCUAUGACAUUUAARAAGUUUCAGAGCUGUAUAAAUUAACUGAGUGUGCGCACAGACACAUCCUCUGUCCUUUGGGCUCUUUAACACGUGUUCAGUUCUUAUAUAUUAAUUUGCUUUUAUUUGGAGCUCAAACCAGUCCAAUAAAUUAAUAUAGUAUAACAGCCAGAAGUGUUUUUUUAUAACCGCUCUCAUUUAUAUUCAUGGGUUGGUUUAAGAAUCUGAGGGUGCAAAAUGUAGAGCAAAAACAACACAAGUUUACAUUAUUAAAACAAAAGACAAAAGACAGAUUAUAAUUUUAUUUAUCGACCAAAAUUACUGCCACUGAUAAAUAAUCUCAUGAUAUUGCUAAAGUAAAUUGUAACAACAAUACAAACUAAAUUUGAUGAAAUUUGUGGUAAUUACUUGCAUUAGUAAAUUAAUUUUUGUGCAAAAUAUCAUUCUCUUCAACACAGUUUGUUAGUGAAUUAUCCAGGUUCUCUCUCUGCCUUCAGCAGGUUUUUAUUCAAAUUAAAUCCUGCACUUCGUUGCAAAGUUGUUUCAAAACAGCACAAUCCUGAAAGAAGUGAUAGGUGGUGUGUUUUCUCUAACCAGGCCAUGACCCUCUGUGUGUUUUAGCCAGCAGAAAGACUGGCCAACAAAAACACAUUAAUGUUUACGUGCAAAACGCUCUGAACCUAAUUAAAUGUCACAACUCCUUUGUAUCAGUUUUAUUUCACAUCUGCGUUUCCAGCUGUUCCUACACGACGGUAGAUCUGAGCCUUAACCUCAUCCUCACUCCAGUGUCUUUUAGUCCACUCCUGACUUUUGGCCACGACCGUUUCAGUGUUGUUUUGUGUGUCAGACAUGAACGGACCCUGACCGACCUCCCUCUGCUCUCUAAAGCAUGUGUUUGUCUUUAAAUCCCACAAGAUUUUAUAYGGAAAGAACAAGUUCAUUUUUAUCCCUAAAGCUAUUUUUCUGUGGACGUUUUGACACACAAGAUCAGAUCGAGAAGAGCCAACAGGAAGAAACCUGACUUUGUAUGACACAAAUCACUGAACAAACRUCUACUGUAUGUGUUUCGUUGUGGUUAUUAGCAUUUGGAUUUGCUAAAAUGCUUCCACAGCUGCUUGGUGUGAUUUUUCAAAGUGCUUCCAGUCCAGUUARAUGUUGUCAAAGCAGGUCAGAUCAACAAAUGACUGAUUUUGUAACCUAGUUAUGCAUCURUAUGAGCUACAACAUUUAGCAGCAAAGGAAAACAUUAUUUGCAAUUAUAGAUUGGAAACUUUCUUUGAGCAUUAAGUAUUUCUCUAAUGCAGAGUAACUUUCAUUCUGUUACUGAUAGAGCUUGAAAGCACAAAAAAAACAGCCGUUUGAUUGACGUUAAGCUCGUCACCGUAUUUUUGUAACCUACAUUGCCAAAAAGUUGUCAAAUUGGGAUUUAUGCACUUAWGUAUGCUUCUGUAUGAGGAAUGUAGCUUUUUAGACAGCUUUUGGCGUUAUGAAAAUGUUGUCAAUAUGCUGUACUUUGUGUUCAAACUGCUCCCCGGAUUCACCUGUAGGUGGUGAUUCACUGUGACAGAGUUUCUGUUUCAGUGUGUCACUCCAACGCUAUUUCUCUUUCUAMACUUUGUUUUUAACAAAAGUAACGAGUGUUGCUUUGAGAAAUGAUGUUGAAGUCCACRACACAACACUCAGAAGCUUUCAUUGUUCAGCAGAUGAAUGUAAGGAUAUCGUUCUCCAACAUGGAGAUCAAGUCCUCAAAUACUAACAGUUUGUUGAACACAGUGUCAGGGAUGGGGAACUGGUGGCUCCAGGGCCACAUAUGGCCACUGGUUACUUCUGACGGGCCUAUUGACCAAUAUUACUUAUUACUUUUACUUUAAUUACUACUGUUACWUGAGCUUAAAGAAGUACUCAAAACAGCUCUUAAAAUAUGUUUUGAAAAUUACAAAAAUGUGUAAAAGUGGCACUGAAUUGGUUGUUAUAACAAAGUUUGCCAUUAGAUGGCGCCAACGCAGAAGGCACCUCAUGCACACGUCUGCUCUGUGAGGGUAAGUGUGCAACACUGUGGCCCUCUGGUAGUGUCAUCAAAUAAUUGUGGCCCCCUCCAUCAUUUAAGUGGCCCAUCCCUGCUACAUGUUUUAAAGGAGCGGUAAAAGUUGCAAACAGGAAGUUGAAGCGCACAUAAUGAAAUCCAGAAACAGACCUCUYACAGUGAAUCAUUAGUUCUUGUAUUUCCAUGUUAUUUAAUCUGGCUUCUGACUUAAAGGGGGAUAAGUAAACGUUUUAAAGAAAAUAUUUGUAAACUGAUGUUUUUUUCUCUGUCUGCCUGGUGUUCCACCCUGCAGUGCCUUGCUGCACUCAUUGUUUUUGGAUUACAGGAGCAUUUUGGAUCUUAGACACGUGGGACGAUCGUCCUGCAGGUUGUCUCUUGGACUCGCAGAGCUGUGACUCUGAAAGGACUCCUCAGUCAGAGGAUGACAAAAGGAUUUUUUCAAGGAGUACGGCUGUGAAAGAGCACAGCAGAUGCGUUGAGUAGCAGGCGUCUCCUCCUGCCUUCUGAUGAACAAAAUCCAGCCUUGCUGCCGUCCUGCKUUUUGUUUCUGCUCUGUGGCUUCCGGCUCAAAAUGCAGGACAGAUUUUUACUCCCGUCUGGAAAAACACACUGAGCUUCUCAGUUAGGACUGAAUGAAUGUUGAUUUACACUUUACCUGCUGUUGUGUUCCUCUCGAGUACCUGAGCAUGGCGGGGGACCUUGAGGACAAAGACUUUUAGCACAAACAAGACCUGCAGUAUGUACUUUUUUUUUUUUUGUAUCAAUGAAACAACACUGUUGGAAUCUUAAGAAUGAGAUUUUGAGGAACUUUUCAUAGGCUGCAGAAGAACACUUUGCCAUUGCUGGGGUCAGUGUUGUGUAUUUUUUUUUAUUUAUUCAUUUAUUUUUUGUUUCAAAUGACUGCUAUUUAUUUGCAUGAUAUUUUGAACAUGUGUGUACAUAAUCUGAUGAGUAGUUUACAUUCCUGCUCUGCAUUCAGGAAUACUGCACGCGAAGUGGCGGCUGCAAACAAAGCUGAAAGUUUGACUUCAGUGAAGCCCAYGUUUGUUUGACUUUAGGUCUUUUUGCAGCAAGGGAACGCACAAAGAAGUUUCGAGUUGUGAGCAACAUACUGCCUGAAUAAAUCUCUCUUUUAUUUAGGAAAAAAAUUCAAAUCGAUACAAAACUAGGAAAUUAUUUAUCCGUCUAAAGGCUGUUUAUCAAAUMAAUACGUCAGUGGCAAAUGUUGGGACAACCUUUUUCUUCAUUUAUGAGAAAUGUAUUGCUUUUGUCCCUAAUUUACACAUUAUUUUAUGUUGGUUUGAUUGAAUAUUGUGGUUGAUAUUUGUGUUUUCAAACAGGAACUGAAUGUAUUUGGAUGCUUGUGAGAACACAUGAYGCAGUUUACAAGAAAAACAGCCCAAACAUUGAAAAGUGAUCAGUAUAUAUUGUUUGUCUCUGAAUGUUUUUUGCUGUAAGUUUGCUUUUCAUUUUGCCGAUAACGUUGUUUACUCUGGAACGUUUGCUCUCUCUGUGCCAGUCUCCARCGCCACUUCAUUUUGUACAGAUGCCGUGAAGCAGAAGACGAAGGCGAAAUUUGUAAAGAUUUUGUCAGUCUCAUUAUGAAAUGGAUAUUUAAAUGUUUAUAUCUUUGGUGAUUAAAGGCUAUUGAUAUUUUUCA